AUGACUGAUGCCGCCCUCAGCGAUGGUGACAAUCGGGCGAAGGGUUUGAACCUUCUUUCAAGGGCUUUGAAGGUGGAUCCUGAGACGAACGAGUUGGAAAGUGCCUUUGCUGAAGCCCUUGCAGCUUGCUUUGCCCAGCGCUUGGAGGCCGUGACACGAGACAACAUGUGGCUGCAUGGCUUUGGGCACACCAGCAAUGCAAUGGGACCUCUGUUGGCGACCAAGCUGGGCGCGCCAUUCGGCUCUAUCGUCAGAAGAUUCGAUGCCUGGCAACAACCCUCGGUCUCAGCAACUGAGCUGGUUGCAAGGCCAGAGGAGGACUUUCUGGACGAAGCCCAACGACAAGCGAGAGCCAAACACAGACAGGAGGCGAUGUCUGAGGUUUGCUUAAAGGAGCGUCUGGGAUGUCUGGGUCAGUUCAAGAUUCCAGGACGAGGAAAUGAGAAUUGA